UUAAAUUAUGGAGCAAGUCAGCCAUUUGGUCGAACAUUUGUUUGGUACACACGGAGCGAGUUGACUCGAUCUUCUCUCUCAUAUGCAGAAGUACAGAACACCUUUCCGUUGCAAGAGGCGUGCAUGGGAUUCGAGCUGUAUUGCGGUAGAUCUGGCAAGACCUUCCUUGAAAUGCGCCGAGACCGAGAGCAGUGGCAGGUGGCAAUUGUGCACGCGAGCUCGAGUGAAGGAAUUAAGAAUCGACAUUAAAACGAGUUACUUGUGAAGAAGCCUGAGAAUCCUGAGAGCCGUAGAAAAGGUGGAUAAAUGAUAGAAUCGUCAGUUGCCGAGUCACAGGGCUUGCCAGAGGAGUUGCGAUUGUUGCUUUCCUGGUGCAGAUGAGGAUCAGGAGGAGGAGGAGGAGGGGGGAUUUGGGAUGCAUGGGUAGAAGAAACGGCGAUUGACAUGCUCGAGGCGUUGCGCAGCAGUUGAGGAAGCGGCUCGUGAUCGAGGGAUUUUUCGGGAAGAGGAAUGAAUGGCAGAGAACGGAAUGUUCUUGGGUUUUUAAGGUCUGAUUCGUGAGGGUUGAAAGAGAAGUUUCGAAAUGGAAUUCCGCUGCAGAAGAUAGAUCUUGUGACUUUUACGGAGAGUUCACUUCUGACCUGCUCGGCGGACAUGGAUCGUGACGUAGUUUCAGUUGGGGCAAGCAGGGCCGUGCCUGUUACUAGUGGAGAGGCGGGAGCAGGAUCGCGAAAUUUGCACGUUUCGGAAGAGAAUUCCGCGGAUGUUACAGAGAAUUCGGUUCUCAAGAACCUGGCCGAUUCGGUAGAAGUAGCGGAAAAUGGUGCAAAGGAGGCGGAGGAGGGAGCUAUAACGAAUCUCAAUGGUUUUGCCGAUUAUGGAAGAAGGGAACACCCUCAGAGAGACCGAGAAGUUCAGUUAGCAAUGCAGAUGGCAGACGCUGUGGAAGAUGAUGCGCAUGCUGUUGCUAGAAGUCUGACGGCCCUUCUAUCAUCUCUCAAGUCCGCACUCUCUGAGGUCACUACAAGUUCAGUUGCAAACAUGCGACUUGAAAACGAAGCUGCUGGUCAGGUGCAAGAUGCUGCAAUCGAUGCGGCAUCAAAAGGAAACCGUUUCGUGAAUGCUUGUCUCAGAUUGAACGAAGAGAUGAAGGGCAUGGAGCGAGUGGCAAAUCAGCUAGAAGCAUUGAAAUUGAAAGUGGACCAAGUAGAAAGCCAAGCCAACCGUUUUAUAUCUAGAUAAAGCUCAAGGUCUUGCGAAUCAACAUGCUCUCCAAAAGCAGAUCUCAAGCUGAACACAUAGUUCACUCUAUGGUAACGGAUCUCUUGUACGUUUUACCAAAUUGAAUCUUAUUAGGAGAUUACAUCCACGUGCUUUCUUCACAAGAAUGACAAGGGACUUUGUAUACUGAGGAUUUUUCGUAGUGCAGUCAUGUGUGUGUAAACAGGUUUUCAUGGUGCUGGAGAUGGGAAGAUUGGGCUUUUUGUGCAGGUGGACUUUAUCUAACUUAUGUCCAUUAAUUUCUACACCGACCUCGUAUGAGCGUGGGAUUAAAUUAUUCUUUACGGCCACUCUCGAUAGAACUCCGAGGAUAGCAGUCUUGGAGUUAGUAUGGCCUGAGAUCGUGGGUCAUACUAGAUAUCCUCAAUGUGGAACCACAGUGUAUUUCUGGUAUUAAGUUUUCGUAAGAUCAACUAAUUCUGCUGCCCUAUUAUCAGAACGUCCGUUCGUCGAUUUAAAAUCACAUUUGCAUGCUUGGGCCUUCUCGAGACUGGACAGAUACCCAGGUUGACAUGCUGAUGAGCUCAGUUGAGCUGGGUAGUAGCAAAUUUUAGAUCACUGCAUGUGGGUUGUUUUGCCUUUUCAGGCCAGAAAGAAAGACAUGUAUUAUGGUGUUGGUCAACGACCAUUCAGAUUAUGUGCAGUUUGUCCGGGUUAUGUGCGUGAUGGUGUUAUACGAGGCUCACGACAUUUCACAGACCCGCAAAGUUCAUACCCAAAAUUCCGCC